AGUGCCGCUGGUGCGAUGUGCGACCGAACAGGCUUCGGGUCAUCCAUGGGGCAUUUCCCUAUGGGCCCCAUGUCCGCCAUGGGAGCCAUAGGGACUAUGAGCUCGAUCUCCGCGAUGAACGGACCUCAGCAGAAGAAAGUCCAGGAGGAACAUAUAAAAAGACCUAUGAACGCCUUCAUGGUGUGGUCGAGGCUACAGAGGCGGAAGAUUGCUCAGGAUAACCCGAAGAUGCAUAAUUCGGAGAUUUCUAAGAGAUUAGGUGCUGAAUGGAAGCUUCUCUCUGAAGACGAGAAGCGGCCCUUCAUAGAUGAAGCGAAGCGCAUCAGAGCUAUGCACAUGAAGGAGCAUCCUGACUACAAGUACCGGCCGCGGAGGAAGCCCAAGACCCUGAGGAAGGAGGGGUAUCCUUACUCCAUACCCUAUCCUAGCGUGCCCAUGGAUGCCCUUAGAGCUGGUAUGGCAGGCGGUGGCAUGGGUCAAGCAAUGGGAGGCUACUAUGGAGCGGCAUAUGGUCCACUAGGAGCCAGCAUGGCGGCCGCUGCAGCUGCAGCAGCUCAGCAGAAUGCUAUCAGCGCUGCUUUAACUCCUAACCCACAGGUUGGCUCAUCAAUGGACAUGUCGAAGUACUCGAUAGAAGCAGAAAAAUACCGCAGCUACGGUAUGUACCCAGACCCCUCUCGAGGAUACCUGGACUCCGCAGCCCUAUCCAAGGCAUACAUGUACAUGGACCAGCAGCAACAACGCUCCUACCCAGUCGACAUCAGUAAAAUGUACUCUGAAGCAUCAGCUGCCGCCAUGGCAGGACUUAGCUCCGUAAACUCAGCUCCAUCCAGUCUCUCCCCACGAUCCCCUACUGAUUCCCCAGACAUGACUCCCAAAGCCCAAGACAGGACCGAAGGCUCCUCGUCAUCAGGGUCAAACCCCUCCCCUUCUCUCCCCUAUUACCAAGGAUCCUCGAGUAUCCUCAUGCCACAGUACCCCGGACAGUACCCACAAAGCACCCAAGGAGGGCCCGAGUUCCGACGACCACUCACAGUCAUAUUUUGA